AUGCGUCCCGGGGCAUCGACGUCAGCAACGGACAUGUCGGGGAUGGCAUCGACCUUUUCAAGUAGUACCCACGUCACACUUUGGUUCACAGACUGGACGACGACGACAACGGCGACCUACGUGCUGACAAUCUUCUUCCUCUUCUCUUUGGGCAUCUUCAACCGAUUUCUAAGUGCUCUCAAGAGUCAGUUGGAGAGAAAAUGGAGGAUGCAACGCGAGACCGAAAGCACAUCACAAUUCACGCCCAACACGGAGAAGCUGGUCAAUCACAGUGUUCGUGGCCAUGCACGGCAAUGGAGUCGUGCGUUAAGACAACAGCCUCUCGAACUGGAUGAUAAGGAUAGGGAAGAGAUUGAGCCUUUAAGCCCAGUCGUACCACAACCAACUGCAGCCGAGGAGACCGGCAUCGCACGGGGGUCGACUGCAUCCCGCAAGAGUUUCUGGGCGGCGCAGGCACCCUGGAGUUUGAAGAGAGAUGGCAUAAGCGCUGCUUUGGAAUUCAGUCGCGCAUUGAUUGGCUACGUAUUAAUGCUUGCUGUUAUGACUUACAACAUAGGCUUCCUAUUUGCUGUCACGGGAAGCGUACUCCUUGGCGAGAUGGUUUUCGGGCGAUACACACGGGGCUCUGCAGGUCUAGCCGAGGACGGCUGCCAUUCUUGA